AUGUGCCACAAGUUUCUCAGUUAUAACCUACCUGUGGAGCUUGACAGCCUGAGGUCAUUGCUGGUGUCUACUCUAUCUCCAGCUGUAUUUUGUCAUAAUGUCUGUCAAGAAGGAAAUAUCUUACUUCUGGAAGGCCAAGAGAAUUCUCAAAAACAGAGGCUGAUGCUCAUUGACUUUGAAUACAGCAGUUACAAUUACAGGGGAUUUGAUAUUGGGAAUCACUUCUGUGAAUGGAUGUAUGCUUACUCCUAUGAAAAAUACCCAUUUUUCCAAGCAAACAUUCAGAAGUAUCCCACUCGGAAGCAACGGCUCCAUUUUAUUUCCAGUUACUUGACUACAUUCCAAAGUGACUUUAAAAACCUCAGCAAUGAAGAACAACCCGUUAUUAAAGAAAAAACGUUGAUUGAAGUCAACAGGUUUGCCCUUGCCUCCCAUUUCUUCUGGGGACUUUGGUCCAUUGUACAGGCCAAAAUUUCAUCCAUUAAAUUUGGCUACAUGGAAUAUGCCCAAGCCAGGUUUGAUACCUAUUUUGACCAGAAGAGGAAGCUUGCAGUGUGAGUGGGAAGCCUGUGCCCUUUACCACUGGACUGCGGGAGGCAGCUGU